UAUCAAUGGCGCUUGUGCAAGUCGCCUGCGCAGUCUACUCCAGUGAAGUUUACGUAGCGACUGUAGCAUUGCACGUGUUUCGAUUGAUCAUGUGUUGAGUUAAAAAACGUAAAUGUUUAUCACUCGAAGUAUCUGAUUUUAUAAGUGACAAAAUGGAUACAUCGGAUAGUACAGUUUCGUUUACCACAGCGCCAGGAUUCUGCCCAGAUUGUGGAUCAAUCCUUCCGUUAUUAGGAGACCAAGGAGGAGUCACUUGUUAUUCUUGUCGAAGAACUUGGAAUGCUGAGGUCUUUGGAGAUAUGGCUAUCUCUUAUAAUAUUCACUUUAACGAUCUUAAUGCAUAUUCCACAUCCAUGCAAAAAGAUGAUGAGGAUGAUGAGGCAGAUGGACCUGUAGUAGAUAGACGGUGUCCACAAUGUCAAAAUGAUAAGAUGUCCUAUGCAACUCUUCAGUUACGCUCAGCAGAUGAAGGGCAGACAGUCUUUUAUACAUGUACAAAGUGCAAGUUCAAGGAAACUGAAAACUCAUAAAUAUAUUUUAUAAGUUUUUACUUCUAUUUGUUAUAUAAAACAACACCUUUACUUAAUGAUAUUGUUACUUGUUGGUAAGUGAUACGCCGAAGUUACAGAUAAACAUAAUGAGGAAUAAAUGAUUGAGAAAUUAUUAAUAAAA